AUGUUUGCAGAGGAGUAUCAGUUCACACAUGUCACUAGCAGCCCACGUUAUCCCCAAGCCAACGGGGAGGCCGAACGUGCAGUGCGGACUAUAAAGGACUUGUGGAAGAAGGAUCCUGAUCAUAGCCGAGCACUACUGGCAUACAGAGCCACUCCACUGGAACAUGGGUUCUCACCAGCACAACUGCUAAUGGGGAGAAACCUGCGUACGUCCCUACCCCAACCAACAGCUAAAAUGGAUCCUCAGUGGCCGGACCUGCUUGCUUUUCGAAAGAAGGAUGAAGAAGGACGGCGUCAGCAGGCAAAAUAUUACAACAGGAGACACAGGUCCAGACCUCUGUCACAACUCACACCUGGACAGAAGGUUUGGAUCACUACAGAAGGAACUAGUGGUGCAGUUGUCAGGUCUGCCAGUACUCCCAGAUCAUAUGUGGUAGAAACAGAUAGGGAAAUAGUUGGUGGUGAACCACUAAUUUCUGAAAUCUUUAACAGAUGGCCAGCACUGUUUACUGAAAGACAGAUAAGUGCAGAGUUCAAAAGGAUCGUCACUACAGACCUUUUGCAGCCAUUUCUUGAAGGAUUAGAUGGUCUGGUUCCAAGACUUCUUGAAGUGUAUAAAGCAGCAGCAAUGUCUGGCAGAAAGCUGUCACUCAAAAGUAUUUUGCAGUGUCUUGAGAAAGAUGACACAAACCAGAAGAGAAGAACUGCUGCACUGCUUGGUCUACCAUACUACAUAUCUGAAGAUCCAUCAGGCAUUAUCAAGACGUGUGAUGCCCAUGGCGAACAGCUGGAUGUGAUUAUGAAGGGGAUGCAAGUAGGACUCCUGAUUGGCCAUGAAGGUGUACUUCAGGAUGCAUUCCCACAUGAGCUCUUCAAUGUGGCAGUUGUGGUGGAGGAGACCAUCAUUUUACACAGCCUCCAAAAUGUGCCAGAGGGCUUUGCCAUGCUAAUGGGCAUCAUCUAUUGUUUUAAUCUGGAAUAUCCACAAAAGAUGAAAUACACUUUUGAGUUUCUGCAGAGAGUGGUUAUGCAGAUUAAGCCAGAUCAAGGCUCUGUACGGAUACAUGGCCUGAGAAAUAAACUGCUGAGAUACAGAGUGUAGACACUGACGUAAAAAAAAUCAUAAUUCCUUUCAGAGUCAAACACUAUGAAUGUGUUGGAACUUCAAUUUAUAUUCUUGUUUUAUUGAAUUUUAAGAGAGAGAAAUUUGCUUGGAUUUCUUUGUUUAUCUUUCUUGUUACAAGCAUGCGAAGAUUGUGAUGGA